CCGCAUCUGUCAUUUCCACUGUUGAAGUCAUGGAUGUUAUUUUUUAGAUUUCCAAUUGAACCGCGGUUUGCGGUCACUCUAGUGACAUAAUAUAUCAGAAAGUUAACCUGCCGUUUUGAAUAAAUUGGUGGGCACACCAUCUGUUUGUAUUUGACAAAAAAAAACAAUCUCUUGGCGCAAAAAUGGGGCAAAUUAUGGGUUCCUACGGUGCCAGAAACGUAGACCUUUAUAUGAAUGACAAGACCACAUAUGAGCCUCAAGCAGGAUUUUCAUACGAAAGGAAAGAGCGAGAAAUGAUAGCUAAAGAAGAAGAUCUUAUAUCAGCCAGGAUCCCACCACACCUCAGAGAUUAUUGUGCUCAUCAUUUACUAGAGUACCAAGUGUGCCGUUACAAGCAUAUGCCAAUGCUGUACAAAUGUGCCCAUGAGAAACAUAACUAUUUGAACUGUGAACACCAAGAUUAUGUGUUACGUAUGAAAGAGUUUGAACGCGAGCGCCGUUUAAGAGUACGAGAACGACGUGUUGCUGCCUAAAUCAAUUUCAUUUGCAAUGUAGUAAUCAUUUCACCAAUAUAAUUGUUAUGUGCAUAGAAAAAAAAAUCAUUAAACCUGUUGUUUCAUUUAAAAUUU